GCGGAUAUAAAGUUGGGGCGCCUGCCCGGGCUGCGGCGCCCGCCUCGCCGCGGCUGGGGGCGGCGGUUACAUAACGCGAUCCCAGCCGGCUCCGGCUGCUGCCGGGCGGGGAGGGGUCCGCCAGGCGGGCCGGCUCAGCGCGCCGGCGGGCGGCUCGGCGGAGGGGUGGCGGCAGCCGGAGGGCUGCCCGCCGAAGGCUUUUUCCCUCGCCGGGGGGGGGUGCUCGUUCUCGGCGUACCGCGCUUCCCCCCCCCCCCCGCCCCCGCCCUCCGCUUCUCCCCGCAGCCAGCCCGGGGCAUCGCCGACAGAGCUGCUGUCCCGCGUUGCAUAAUGUGCCGGCGGGGAGCCGGCCGCUGCGGCCGCGAGGGGCGGAGAGCCGCGUCCCGGCAGCCGGCCGUGCCUCGACACCGAAACCACCGGGCGUUGCGCGCCGCCAGAGCCUGCCGGCCAGAUCCACCCCCACGCACCCCCACCCCGCUUUCCGGGCGGCGCGGGGGGGACGUUGCCCGCGGGCAAGCGGGAUUAAUGGCAGCGGCCCGGCCCAUGUCCCCGCGCCGCGCGGGGCUGCGCUCGCCUCAGCCCGCUUCGUCACUUUUGUCGCUGUUUUUCAGGGGCUGCGGGACCGAUCGCAUAAUAGUUCCUGGAAAUUUUGCAUUAUGUAACCACAGAAUUUGCUGGCAGCCGGGCUGGGAAGAGGGAGCUAAUUAUGCCAUUUUAUAAUCUCGCUACAAAGAAGCUAGGGCAAUCUCGACCUGAAAAAAGCCCUCCCAAAACCCGUAGCUGUAACAGAUUUUGCUGAAGUGCGUUUAGUAAGGGAAGUAGACAACUGGGUAAGUGGGGAGGCAAGGCGCGCUCGCCGGCUGCGUGCCGGCAGCCUUAAAACGAGAUUUGUGUUGGUCUAUAUUUAGCCCCAUCGCAUUUUAGCAAUUGUGGCUUCAUGUGCUAUUUCUGGUCUUUUCUCCAGAGCUGUGCGUGUAGACGUUCGAGGCCAUUUGCUCGGAUUUUAAACUCCACGCCUUCAGAGACGUUUUGAUAAGGCUGUAUUUUUAGGAAGGCAUUUCGCCCAGACGCUGAGCCAUCUCUCCGAUCAUAGUGUUGGACAAAUACCGAAGUACCAAAUGCCAAAGAUCACUUUGAACUGGAGCCCAUACAGGUUUUUAAGAAAAUUCCCAUCGCCUCUGCCAAGAAAAUUGAUUCUAGACACUUCUGUCUGAGAAUAUGAAAGAAAAGGAAGAAUGUGUGUGGAUUUAAAGUUACUGUAUUUAACAAGUUGUGGAGUGAGUAGUACUGGGGAAAUAGCUUGCUCUGUUGCUCAUUGUAGAUCUACAAAGUGUUUCUGAUGCAGCUGAGAAAAAUGCAGACCCUUAAAAAGGAACACGGACCUGUUGACACAAGUAGCAAUGUGGACAAAAUCAUGGUACUUAAGUCUACUUUAGCAGAAGUGUCUGAAGAAUUGUCUACAAGUGAAGAUAUACUACUUACUGAAGCAAGUAGUGGAAAAAGCAAAUCUUCAGCUUGCCGGAGAAAGCGAGAAUUCAUUCCAGAUGAAAAGAAAGAUGCUAUGUAUUGGGAGAAAAGGCGGAAAAAUAAUGAAGCUGCCAAAAGAUCUCGUGAAAAACGACGACUAAAUGACCUUGUCUUAGAGAACAAACUAAUUGCACUGGGAGAGGAGAAUGCCACUUUGAAGGCAGAGCUGCUUUCAUUGAAGCUAAAGUUUGGUUUAAUUAGUUCUGCAGCCUAUGCUCAAGAGAUACAGAAACUCAGUAGCUCAACAACUGUUUAUUUCCAAGACUAUCAGAGUUCCAAAUCAAAUAUUAACUCAUUUGUAGAUGAACAUGAACCAUCUAUAGUUGGUAGCAGUUGCAUUUCUGUCAUUAAACAUUCUCCUCAAAGUUCAAUGUCCGAUGUGUCUGAAAUAUCAUCUGUAGAGCAUACUCAACCAAGUCGUAUACAAAGCAACUGCAGAAGUCCUGAAAAUAAAUUCCAGAUUAUAAAACAGGAGCCCAUGGAAUUAGAGAGAGAGCCAAGAGAUGACAGAGGUUCAUAUAAAACAUCCAUAUAUCCAAACUACAUGGGAACUACCUUUAAUGUGUACUCACAUUCUCCUCCUCUCUUGCAAGUUAAUAGGUCCUCCAGUAAUUCUCCCAGAACAUCAGAAACCGAUGAUGGUGUAGUUGGAAAGUCAUCUGAUGGAGAAGAUGAACAGCAGGUUCCUAAGGGUCCAAUCCAUUCCCCAGUUGAACAUAAAAAUGUUCAUGCAACAGUUAAAGUUCCAGAAGUGAAUUCUUCAGCUUUGCCUCACAAGCUUCGAAUUAAAGCCAAAGCCAUGCAAGUUAAAGUGGAAGCAAUGGAUAAUGACUAUGAUGCAACACAGAAAUUGUCAUCACCCAUUGACAUGUCCUCAAAAAGACAUUUUGAGCUUGAAAAACAUGGUGCACAAAACUUGGUGCAUUCUUCUCACACUCCUUUCUCGGUUCAAGUGACUAACAUCCAAGACUGGUCACUUAAACCAGAACUCUGGCAUCAGAAGGAACUCAAUGUAAAAAUUCAGAGUGGUUGCAAAACUGGAGUUGCUGAAAUAAAAGACAAUCUCUACAAUGUCUCUGAGUCAGAGAACCUGUAUUUGAAGCAGGGCAUAGCAAACUUAUCUGCAGAGGUUGCUUCACUUAAAAGACUUAUAACUACACAACAAAUCUCUGCGUCAGACUCUGGUUAAGUUACUACUGAAUAAAGGCUAAUUGUUUUAAAGGAUGUCAUUUGCAGUAGAUCAAUAUGUUUUGUAUUAUGCUGAAUUUUCACUGGACUUGUGAUGUCAUUUCACUGUAAUGUUCACAUAAUGUCUGAUGGGUGUCUUUUUGUGCACAAAUUAUUAUGAAGACUAGGUUGUGUUAUGAUCACUAUGCCUUGUGUAUAGUCAAGUAGCCUGUACAAAGGCUGUAUAUAGUGAACUUUAUUUUCUUUUUGUUCUACUAUAAAGCGUGCAAGUUACCAGCUACAAUAAAACAUUGGUGACAAACACAGAACAUCUACUCCAGUUCAGUUGAUUUUAUGAACUUGUAAAUAAGUUGUUAAUUAAAAACUGGCUUUUUCUUACACUGUGCUCAACUUCACUUACGUGUUUGGUUUUUACAGCCUAACAACCAAAUUACAAUUUACAACAUGUUUAAUCCUUCUGGCCACCUUUUUCCUUAACACAUUUUUUUAGAAGAGAAUAGAAAUAAAGUGAAUAUUUAUAAAAGAAACAGUACCAAUUUAUAGCCUUAGCCUUCUUUAACUUAUUUAUUAGUAGAAGUUAACCAAAAACCAUGCAAAUUCUAACCCAGUAAUUAAUAUUGACAACUUUUUUUCUCCUGUUUCAAAUGAGACAGUAAUGAGUGUCCUGAAUGGUUUAUUGUGACAAACCAAUUUUUCAAUAUUAUAACUUGGUGUUUUAGAUGUAAUUAGUUAAGUUGGAUUUGUGCAUCUGCAAAGUUUUCAGAGCCUUGCAGUGACAGAAUUGCACAGCACCAUCUUUGUCAAGGGGUGGCUUGUGCAUGCAAGGGGUGCAGGCAGGGAAAGGAGAGUGCACCAAGGCUGCCUAAAAGUCUGUCCCUCUUGCAUACCAUGGUUCUUUUAACGGCAGACCGUGGGCCACCUAUAGAUGAAGGAUAAGGCUACUGGAUCUGUAAACUCUGAGCUCAGCUAGGCAAAUAUCUACCUAAGGGGCAGGCAAUAGUAGUAGCAGAGUUAGAGGAGAUCAUCUGCUAUUUUAGUUCCCAGUAUGGGACAUAAUGCAAUUUUAAGUAUGAAGUCAGUCUUGCCACCAAUUUGGCCUUGGUUUCAACGGCUUAGUUAACGGAACUGGAAUACCCUGGCUCACUACAGGGCAAUUUGCAAGAACUUCUGUAAAUGUAGAAUAGAGCCUAUGUGAAGAACUGCACAGUCCAGAUACUACUAGCCCCUUGGAAUUUAUGCAGAUUGUAAGUUCUUCACUUGAUGACCGGUCAGGGCUGUGGUGCUCUUUGUCUUUGAGAAGAGCCGUUGAACCACGGAGACUAGAAUUGCAUCACAUAUCCUUGGUUUGGCUAACCAAAGUCUUUCAUUUAAAAUUAAUAAUAAUUUAUGAAUAGAGCAUAGACUUGGCAGAGGUUCUUUUCAUGAUACUUCCCCCUUCUUUUAACGUACUAAUAAAUCAGACUAACAAAUAAGCUUCUUCUUAAAAAGCUUUUUAUUACUUGCCAUACUAUAUAAUGAAUGGAACCUUUCCAUAGACUUAAAAUACUAAUUAAGAAAACAAUACAUAGGUAUUGUUUUUUAAAUUCAUACUUGACUUGAGUGAGAGGAAGUUUGUCAAUUUUUUGGGGAUAUGAAGAGGAGUCUGAGUCACUCCCAAUAGCUCUGAAGCUUGAUCCAGCAGUCAAGGCAAUGGCAAAACUCCCUGAUUUCAGCAAGGCCAGGAUUUGAUUCUGUACCUUUUCAGGAGCUGAUGAUUCACAGUCAUGUUCUGGGAGGACCUUGGCACAGAAAUCACUGGUACUUUCUGAGCUUUUUUGAGCCUUCUAACUGCUGUGCUGUAUUUGUGGCAUUCAGAGUUAAUAAACUGUUAUUCUUUUUUCAUGCCUUAAUAAUACAAUAGACCCCAUAGCUGGGCUCUGUAUGUAUUUGGUAAUUAAUAUAGAUGACAUUUCAAUGUUACUGAAAAUAAGCUCAGGAUUAUUGCAUGAAAUGUAAACAUUUGCAUUGAAUGAUGGGGAUAUGAGACAUGAGGCAGUGAUUGCUACUGUCUCUUUGCUUGCUAAGUAUCUUCUGUAAGCAACAAUAAAAUUCUUUAAGUAUUUUGCAUAUUAUUUAUCACAUGUAAUGUGUUCAAGGAGAGGACUUAAAACUCUCAGUGUUGCCAUCUGUGUAAGCCUAGAUCUAUUGGGUUUUUUUCCAUUUCUUGUUACAGUUGUUUGUCAUAAUGGAAGAAUGUUGUCCUCUUUCUAGCUCAUUAUAUAUUUUGUGUAUCUGUUUUGUGCAAUUAAUACUUAACAGUAAUGAUGUAGUUAAUUUGUUGAAGGAUGUCAUUGCAAGAAAGUUAUAGCAUGGAGCUUAGGAGCACAAUCAGAUGUUAUUUAUACUCCCUUUAUACCUUAGUGUUAUGCUUCAUUUGAAGAAAGAAAUAAAUAAUUUGUCUUUUGUUCAAAAC